UAACUACUGGGUACCGGGUGACUUGUUCUUGGGGCUUUGGUUACUGGUACAUGUGUGCAGGAGGUUACUGCGCUUCUUGGUGUGGAAUAGCUAUGGGAUAGCUAUGGGAUUAUUCUGGAGGAGGCUACGGAGUGACCUUGGUAGACUGUACAUGUACAGGACAGUACAUACCCCCGCUGGAACACAUUGUGCCCGUUUCACAGACAGCAUUCAAGGUCACAAGUGCAGCAGCAGCAGCAGCAGAAGAGGAGGGGGCGACGAGUCUCCGUACGGAGUAAGCGAGCUACCUACGCGGUACUCCCGAAAUCUCCACCUCGAAACCCCCACACGACCCCCCACCGGGAUUGGCCAGGUCAGAGGUCCAGUAUCCCUACCGCUAGCAGGGAGCAAGUCUCUUCCAUUCGGUGUCUCGGGAACCUCCAUGGUAUUGUUCGCAUUGGACACCGAAAGCCCGAACGAAGACUUUUGGCCCUUCCGCUGUGAUGAUGGUCAACUAACCACGGAGUACCGUAGCUAGCGGUGAGCCGUGACCUUCCUUCCUGCAGGGAAAGAUAAAAACCACCGGGAGUUGUUCAGAGGAAAAAAGAGCGGACAAACACAGAAGGAACCCGAGUGAUUUUUCUCCCGAUGAAGAAUGGCAAAAUAUUGUCCGACCACAAAAGAAGUCGUUCAUCUUCACCGACCUUCGACGAA